GCUCUGCCUCCCCGACGACCCCCCCCCGUCACCGCCACCCAUUUCCGGCUGGAAAUCCCGCAAAGCUUGGGGAUUCUCCCUAUUUUCUUGUUCUAGAACGCCUAUUAAACCCAGAAAAUCCCAGAUCUGUUCUGCGUCUCCCUCCCUCUGCUGUCCGUCGGCUUCAGCAUGUGGGUUUGAAUUUCUGGGCCUUUUUCGGUAAGCCACAGCCAUAAACUUCACCUUUUCAACUUUAAUUUGGCUUGGGUUUACCUUGAAUUGUGUUUUGGUUUUUGGAUGGGGUAGCCGUGAGUUCCCCUGCAGAAAUUCUUCUUCUCUGCCGCCGGCUUCUCCCCCCCUGCUAGGCUCGGUUUUGCUUGCUAAAUUCUGGUUCCUGAUCGUUCUGUCAAUUUAGCACUGAGAUCGAGUCUUCGGUUUUAUGCGAGUGAGGUAAGUAAAUUAUGGUAAAGCCCUUCGAUUUUAAAGCAUGUUUUAAACUAUUUUUGAGAUGGUGGCAAGGUUUAAAGUGAUUUUAAAUUGAUUUUAUCAGCAUCUGAAUGUGAUUAAACUGAAAUGGAAAUUGUGAUGGUUUUUAUGAGAAUUUCACUGUUUUCUGGAAUUGAACAUGAUUGGUUUGAAAUGAAACUGUUUUCAUUGGUAUUGAGUACAGCAUGCGCAUUUGGAAUUGACUGAACUGUUUUGAUGAACUAAGAGUUUGCAAAUUCUGAGUUUUCUGAUAAAUCCAUGCCCACAUGGAAUUUUUCUGGUUAUUUUUGAAAUUGGGAUUGAUUGUGAAAUUCAGGUUCUCUGUAAACUCUGCAUGGUUUUGUCUCGGAUAUAGUCAUGAUUACUGAUUACUGUGCCCGCUAGUGGGAGGUUUAUAAACGCUAGCACAUGUCGAUAUGUUUACUGAUAGAACCGGUUCACCCUACCAAUGGGGUUAAACAUUGGUAAUUACUGUCGCCUGCCAGUGGGAGUUGUAAACACUGGCACCAUUACUGACGCCCGCCAGUGGGAGUUGUUAAACACUGGCACUUCUGUAACCUUGCCUAUGGGGUAACCUUGCCUAUGGGGUUAAACAUUGGCAACUACUGUGCCCGCCAGUGGGAGGUUUAUAAACGCUGGCCAUGACUUAUAAAUGAGACUACUGAACUGAGUUUUAUUCUGCAUGAACGGUUUGUCAUGAAGGCUUUGAUAUUGAACUGAAUCUGAUUCUGUUUUAAUGGUUUGUCAUGAAACGUUUUGUUAUUGAACUGAAUUUGAUUAUGUUUUAACGGUUUAUCAUUGAAAGUUCUGUUAUGCUUACAUGGUUUAUCUAGCAUGCUUCAAAGUUUUACCCAAGGGCUAUACAUAUUUACUUACUGAGUUAUCUCAUAGUUUUCCUUGUCCACCAUUUCAGGAAGCGAAACCGAGGACGGGGAAACCGAGGGGAGUGACGAAUUAGAAGGCUAGCCAUUCAAUUGGGGUAUAAGUUUUAGAUUUUAUCAUCCUUUUGUAAAGUUGAUUUUAUUCAUGAGAUUUUGUGAUUUGGAUAAGUUCCGAGCCUUGUGCAUUCGUGGGACCCGUUCACGGGGUGCACGGCGUCUGCCACGUCCUUGGAUUUGGGUUCUGGGGCGUGACACAUACCCUCCUAAAGUUGUGAGGUGAAGGGUAAAAUUCCAAACACUCAAAUACCAGAAGGGUAUAAAAUCACAUCUUAUAAGGUGAAGGGUAAACUUCCACGGGCUUAAAAAGUUGAAGGGCAAUCUGUGGGGUUUUGUGGCAUUUU